AUCUUUGACAGCUGUGUUACGAAGUUACGUCGCUUCGACGAUUUUAGCCGAUUUUUCACGAAGACUGCAGCCGCCGGCGGAGCUGCUCCCUUGCUUUAAACAGACAGCUCUCCGCAGUUUUCCACCCGCUCUUUGUCCGCUUCCUGACGACGCGUUUCCCUCUGAGGUGAUGUCGGACACAGUUAUGGAUUACAUAAUUAUUUUACGUCACGUCGGCUUUCAGAAACUUCGACUAAAUCGUAACAUUGGAAACCGGCAACGGUAGGAGGAGAGGAGUCCAGCAUCCCCGGCGGGCAGCAUCACAUGUCAAACUGGUUAGCAGAGCUCGAGACUAACAGGAGUCCGGUGUCCUUGCUGAAGUCAAAGACAGCCUUGGUGUCCAUAAGUGACACGCAGUACGUCAUCAGGACAGAAAUGUCUUUUUAUUUAUCAGAUAAAAGCAGAACGGUGUCGAGCCGCCGCUGAAAUCCAGUGAAUGCUGUGAAACUACUUCGUCUCACCUCGCAAUGUUGUGGAUAUUUGGUGAAGAAAACGGGCUAAUUUUGGCUCAGAUUUAGCAGCAUUUGAAUUAAAGCCCUGCAGUGUGAGCAGCAUUAACAGAACCAGGACCUUCAGCCUGAAGCAGCUAAAUAUUUCUCCCCUCAACAUCCUCCCCCAUCUCUGUUUUAAACCCCUCCCACCCCAGAGCGAUGACAUCACCAGACUCACCGCCCCUGGUCUCCCCUUCCCCGUGCCCCGCUCCUCCUCCAUCCCUCCCCUCCUCCCCAGUGCCCUCUUCCCCAGCCCCGUCCUCCUCCUCCAUCCCUGCGCCACCCUUGCUGCCCCCUACGGGGGAGGUGAUGGUGCUGGCCCUGGGGAGGAAGAAGCAGAGGGUGCUGAUUGCUCUCUCCAUCCUGCCCAACCUUUUCCUGGCCUUCCUGCUUUCUUCCGAUCCCCUCAUUACCCUCUCCCCUCACCACCACUGCCACUUCCCGGGACCCGUCCUGUCGCCAGACGUUUUGAACGCCUCCCUGCCCUGGGAGAAGGGGGAGAGGCCCGGCGACAAUGGGGGGCCGUCUCAGUGUAAACAGUACGUCAACGGCAGCCAGUCAGCGGUGGUGGACUGUGAGAACGGGUGGGACUACAAUGUGACGGAGGGUCUGAAGAACAACAUUGUUACUGAGUGGGAUCUGGUGUGUGGGCAGUACUGGCUGGUCCCAGUGGAGGAGGUGUGUUUCAUCCUGGGAAUCCUGACUGGCUGUCUUGGUUUGGGCUAUGCAGCUGACAGGCUGGGCAGGUUCAAGACCCUGCUGACCUCUCUGACUCUGUCGGUGGUAUUUGGGGUGCUGGUGUGCGUUUCUCCAUACCCGUCUAUCUUCAUCGUCAUGCGUUUCUGCCUGGCCGCUGCCAGCGCUGGAGUCUAUCUCACUCUGUAUAUCACCCGCCUGGAGCUGUGCGAGCCGUCUCUCAGGCUGUUGGCGACCAUGCUGGCCGGGCUGAUGACCGUGGCUGGAGAGCUGCUGCUGCUGGCCGUGGCCCUCGGCUGCCAGUCCUGGCGGGGGCUGCUGGGAGCCGGAGCCGCCCCUUUAACGCUGUUUCUCAGCUACGGCGUUCCUGGUGUAUUUCCAGAGUCUCCUCGCUGGCUCCUGCUGUCAGAGCGAUCUGCAGACAUGAACACAUUCAGCGAGAGAAGAAACUCUAACAGGGACGAUGAGAGCUUCACAGAGCUGGAUUCAGAACCGGCUCCCUCCUCACGCCCCCAGCUGUCCUAUCCUGAGCUCUUCCACAGCAGGAACAUCUGGAAGAACAUGUGUGUGCUAGGCUUCACCUCAUUCAUCUCUCAUGGCAUUAGUCACUGCUACAGCUCUUUCCGAGGUGACGUCAGAGGCACCGCCCCCAGCUUUUACUGGACGUACCUGCUGUCUGUGUGCGCAGGGGGUGGUGCCUGGCUGUUGCUCUGGACGACCGUAGACAGGUGCGGUCGCCGUGGCAUCCUGCUCUUGUCCAUGACGAUGACGGGCCUGGCCUCUUUGAUCCUCCUGGGACUCAUGGAGUAUCUCAGCGAGACGGCCAUCACUGUUUUCUCAGUGCUGGGUCUCUUCUCUUCUCAAGCCACUGCUGCCCUCUGCAUCCUCUUCACUGCAGAGAUCAUGCCCACCAUCAUCAGGGGUAGCGGUGUGGGCAUCGUGCUUGCCUUGGGCUGCGUGGGCCGUCUCAGCUCCCCCAUCAUGGAUCUGCGGAACCACUACGGGUAUUUCCUGCACCACGUGGUCUACUCUUCUCUGGCUCUUCUGGCAGUGCUCUCCAUCCUGCUGCUGCCCGAGAGCAAGAGGAAGCCGCUGCCCCAGACGCUGGCCGACGGGGAGCAGUACAGACGCCCACCGCUGGGCAGGAGGAGGAGGGAUAACGUGCCCCUGCUGGCCACUCCCAACCCAGAGACCUAAAAGACUUAAACACGGGGGGAACGGAGCACUCAUUUUGCUGCCAGAACAUUUCCAUCUAUCAUGUUCAUGCGGUGGAGAGGACAAACAAAGCAAUACAGAAAACAGAAAGAUGGAUGGAGAGAAAAGGGCUGAUACCAAUCCAACGACAGUGAUGAAAGUGAUCAGACUCAAAGCUUCCAAACAUAUCAUCCUCUAACCAUUCCAGGCAGACACAUUCACUUUUCAUGUCUUACACACAUUUAAUCAAGCCCUCAUCUCUUCUCGAGCAGAGGACACGAGACGCACCAGCACACACUGCUGCACGCCUUCCUCCAUCCUCAGUGUGUCCGUCGUAGACAUCGCUAUUAGCAAGUUGCUAACUUAUCUUAGCGUUUGUCUAAACCUCUGUAGAGUAUCUUCUUUUUGUCGUAAGUUCUGUGGACGACACAGUAAGUGCUCAGAGAUGUAUAAAAUCACAGUUGGUUUUGUAUAAAUUUCUAGCAUUUUUGUCAGAAAACUCCCGUAGUUCUUGGGGCACAUGUUGUUUUAAGGCGAAUGUGAGUGUAAAAUGCCUUGUAAAUACUCUAGACUUUAGUUUCUUUAACUUUGAGGAGGUUUGUUUUCUUUCUCUUUUGUAAGCUGACCCUGUGGCUGGAACCUUACAGUAUGCUAUGCAGUGGAGAGGCAAUGUAAAGCACUUUGAUUUUUUAAUUUAAUUUCUUUUCUUAAUUUUAGGAUAAUGGCGGUUAAUUUGACCAAAGUCUUUAAAUUUAAGGGACAGAUCUACAAACAUAAACCAGCUGUUAUCAAUAUUUGGAUCAAAAGCGAAAUGUAUUGAUGUUCAAACUGGAUAAAUCCAGUUGCUGAGUCUGGCCUGGAGCCAGCAAUAUUUAUAUCUUAUUUAUGUUGUUAAGUAUAAACAGUAAUUUAUCCUGAAGAUUUGCAAGUAUUAAGCUAAACUGGGUUAACUUUAUUCUCUGAUGUCACCUGUCAAAUAACAGCAAUGCUGUUAGCUGUCACUACAUUCCUAUCUGCAUGUUUGGAGGCACCGAAGGGCUUGUUUUUCUCUAUUUCAUUAUGAACUCAUAGUUAGUACCUCUCGAAAUGACCAGCGUUGGCUGUAAGAGAAGAGACGGUUAUGAACAAACUACAGUGACUUGUAUUAACAGGAACAUUUAUUUUUUUGUCUGGAGGUGGUCUGUUGUUUUAGCUGAAUGUUUCUUCAUGCUGGAGAAAGGGCCCGAUGAGCACGCCCCCUUAACGGGAGCUGAAGAGGGUCCCGGAGCUCCGAAUUAACCCGACUCCUCUUUGGCAAGAUGAUUUUUAUCUUAACAUCGUCUUUGUUUAGACUGUGCUGGAAGAAACCACUUUAUAAACCGCACAAAUUGAACUAUGAUGAUUAUCAAAGCUGUUCCAGUCUUUUAGAAACAGCAAGUCUUUUUCCUUAUGUCGACAGGUGUGUGGCAUUAACAGGAAACACAAGGGGUUUAAAAUGGGCUCUGAUGUUGAGGAGUUAAUAUUAAGGACACACACAUUUGCUGAUGGCUUCUUCCAUCAGCCUGUGGUAGAUCUUUUAUUCCUCUGUAUGUUGCACUCAACACGUCUAACACUUAGACUCAGAUAGUUAUUAUCACUGAUUAACUUGGCUUGAUUAUUAUUAUGUCUGACAAAACUGAUGAUCUGUUCAAUGAGUGUAUGCAGUUAACUCUAUAGCCUGAUUUAAUUCAAAUAAAACUGGACAAAUAAACAAGUUGUUGGUGUUUUCUGUAUUAAAAUCA